AUGUCUGUGGAUGCAGAUCUGGGGGAUCUCCUAGCUAAGGUGCUCCCUAUAGGGGUCGAGCUCACUGUGCGCCACGUCUCAUCAACACCAAAUCCGUCCCCAGCACUCUUCGCCGCAGCUCCAGGCCAGAACACUGAGCCGACAUUCUGUGAAAAUCACUUUCUGACCAUCUCAAUUGAUCGUCCUGGUGAUAAUGGAGGCGAGACUAUCGUGUUUGGAAUGGAGGUGAUGGUCUACAACACGGCCCACCUAACCACCAUCUUCGUCUCCAAGGCCGACUCCACCGGACUCCUGCACCUAUUGGAGCUGCCGCGCAAAGUCUCGAUUUUGAGACUCGUCUCCACCACCUUUCUCUCAUUUCUUGUGCGGACACGCCAGCGACCGGGUGUGCGCCUGGUUGUGUCAUUGUUUGCGCGUGCGCAGAACCAGUACUUGUUCUCCGGCAGCAUCGAGAACCCCACUAAACACGUUCUAGAUGAUCGUGGUCUCAUUAAAUGGUGGUGUCGAGCCAUCGACCCGAUUCUUCGUGAACAAGAGCCCGAGUCUAUUGCGUCGGAACCCAAACGCCUCGGUCAAACGGCCGAGGCUUCCACAGCCUCUGCGACGGCGUACCUGAUUGUUCCCGGCUGCGACAAAUUCGAAACCAGAACCUUCUUUCCAACCACGGCCAAGUCCGACACCCAAGAGCGUCCUCGAUGGCUUACCAGCUACCCGCUUCACCAACUGUGUCCCGACCCCAAGGCUCCUCCGCGCUGCUUGGUUCCUCGUCUUCCAGACGACCCUAAAACCCGUUUUCUGAUUGAUCUGGAUGACGAGCUUCCAGAACCAGCUGAAGGUGAAAAUACACUCUCUGAUACCGGUCAAUGGCGCAGCGUGAGGUCUUUAGAUCAGUUUUGGGAGAUGAUGUCUUUCAGGCAGGAGUGCGCUGCCGGCCGGUUGGUGGGCUUUCUAUGGCUCGUGAUCAAUCCUCCAGGUUUGGUAAACUCGAUAUCCAUGGCGAGCCAAACAUGCAGCUCGACGGAGGCCGGCCAGAUCAACGAUGGUGCUUCGGAAUCGAAGAACGCAUCAAACUACGAUAAGCAACAGAACAGUUCUAGCGUCCAUGAAACAAUGGAUGCUCCGGUGGCGAUCUCAGAUACAGCAUCAGCUCCUGAGGAGCAACAGCAACAAAAUACAACACCUUCUUUCGACCGUCACCCCGUCGGAUCAUCAGCUGAACUCCGAUCCCAAGGCCAAGCUGCCGACGCCAAUCCCUUCUACUGGCCAGAAGCCGGGAGGGGACACGUGGUGCUGAGCGAAGGCGACUACAAGAAAAUGAUGGACUCGUUCCUGGAAUCCUUCUACGACGAAAAAGAGGCCAUCACCAGCACCAAAAACUAUGUCAACCAUGUUGCUUGCCUUGCAGACCAGCUCUUGUGGGGCAAGCGAAUUGUCGGCAAUAGCAUGUCGGAGAGUAUUAGCACUCAGUCCUUGCAGCCGAGCAAUGUUUUGGAUCUUGGAUUGGUUCGCAAACGGAAGAAGCCUGAUGCUGAAGUGGACAAGAGUGCCGCUGCCGAGGGGGAGCGGGCGUCGAGCAAAUCCCAAGAUACUUCUCAAGGGGUCAAUAUGCUGAAUGCCAGUUUGGUUCGGAAAAAGAAGAAGACAUAG